GCAUCAACUACAACGAUCAGGAGAACGUGCUUCAACGUUGAUGAUCUAUCAAAUUGCCACGAUGCUCCUUGCCACGAGAAUAUCAAUGCCGACGCGGCUUGCAGGGCACACUCUCGUGCGCCGGGCAAUGAGCACGCUACCCAACAAUUCGCACAUAAAAGUCUUUGCCGACGCAUCGAGGCCAAACACGCACAUCCUGACCUACCUUGAAACGAACCCCCCGAGCCCCGGCCUAGCCAUCGGCACCACAACCGAGGUCCCUCCCACUCCGCGGUCCUUCUCCGAGAACCCUCGAUUCCUGUCCAUUCUCAAUGAGGUCCUGAAGCAGCACGCCCACCGUGACGAGGGUCUCCAGGCGCAAGCCAAAGCCUUUGCCUCGCCCGGCGGCGCGACCCUCGGCUCGGGCGGCGUCUUCUUCCCGCAGCAGCGACAAAAGAGGAGAGGCGAUAACGCGAGCGCGGCCGGCCUGGGUGGCGGCGGCGGCGCAGGGGGUUCGUCUGCGGGUGGCGCGAGCGCUCAGGGUGGUGCUGGGGGCGGGGGAGUCGGUGGGUGGGUGCACUUGAGCGAUGCGAGAAACCCGCCUGAUUAUGGACGCAUAGCAUGGCCUGAGGAUAUCCUCGGGAGUGUCGAGGUCGACGCCGAGGGUAACCCCAUGAACAACUUCCAACCAAGUGGGACAUACCGUAUAUUGACAAAUGAGGGAAUCCUGGGACUGAGCCCAUUCCUUCGUCAAAAGGUGAUUGAGAAGCUCAGAGAGGAAGAGCAAAAAGAACGAUUGGCUUAAUAGGGGCACAAGUCUCUGCAGUAUGCACGGCGAGAAGUCAUCAAUGUCUGACAAGAGCUAUGCAAAACUGCGUGGGUUAAAUAACGGCUUUUGUCGUGUCUGGUCAAGCCAGUGACGAUGACUGGGUAUGUACAACAAUGUAGGAUAUUUAUGCAUCUCUAGCACAUUGGAGGAUGUUAAGAGCAUGACACGAGCCACGAUAGCUACCUUCUAGCUUACGUACCCGAUUCCGGAAGGUGAGAUGUGUAGACCAGCACCGGAUUUCACGGGCGGAUAAUGCUUGGCACGGGCUGGGGACCGUAGACAUUGUGGAGGACGGACUAGUUGGCUCUCGGCAUCUCACUGCAGAAAGUCGGGUCCUACCACUCGACCACGCGAUGGUCCGCAUUCUGGUCGAACGUAAUUGAUGAUUAUCGUUUUCCCAAAUGG